AUGCUCAGCAAGGAACAGUUGAAUUAUCUCGACAAAGAUGGGUAUCUGGUGGUAGAAGAUUUGUUGGACCCCGAAAAGGACCUUGAACCAAUUAUAGAUGAGCUCUCUCAAGUGGCAGAUGGACUUGCGCAUGACUUGGUAGCUCGUGGUGAGCUUUCAAGCAUCUACGAAGAUCUUCCCUUUGAAAAGAGAUUGGCACGCAUUAUAGCUGAAACGGGUCAAUCCCAUUCACAACAUUUUGAUUUCUCACUACCAAAGGGGCAAGUGGGAGCACAUGCUCCCAUGUAUUUGGGAAAUGCUCUUUUUCAGCUCAUCACGAACAGCCAAUUGUUGGAUUGUGUACAAGAUGUCAUCGGUCCCGAAAUCUACUCCAACCCCGUCCAACACGCUCGGCUAAAGCCGCCAGAAUCAGUGGUCCCCAAGAAGGCCGUAGGGAUGAGUGUUCUGGUGGGCGAAACACCGUGGCAUCAGGAUAAUGCCGUUCUGACAGAAGACGCGGAUGAAACAAAUGUUCUGACAGUAUGGAUACCCCUGGUAGAUACAACGGAAAGGAAUGGGUGUCUGAUCGUCGUCCCAGGUAGCCACCGGAUGGAUUCAUCAUUGGCCCAACACUGCCACAGUGGUCAUGGUGUACUUCGCAUUCCUGACAGUGUCAUUGAACCUCACCGUGACGAGGUGAUUCCCGUGCCUGUCAAACGAGGGGGCGUCUUGAUUUUUCAUCGUCGUCUUUGGCAUGCAUCUCUCCCGAAUCUGACCGAGGAGCUCCGGACCAGCCUAGAUCUGCGCUAUCAGCCAUUGGGAGAACCAACUGGACGUGACAUGUUCCCAGGUUUCGUCGUGCGAUCUUCCAACCCAGAGCAGAGAACGUUGCAGAGCCGAGACGACUGGGAGAAGCUCUGGAAAGAUACCCAAAAACGAAUGGCAAGCAAAGACUACGUUGAGCAACCUUUUGAUCGUUGGCAAAGUAGUGACCAUCCACUGUGUGCCUAA